CGACGAGGUCUUCUUACUGAUUCUCGUACUACUACAACAAUAAGCUGACAAUUUGUGGAUCUGUUGACUGCGUGGUUGUAAUAACAUAAAUACUGUAACCAGCUGGAUUGAAGUAAGCGUCAAGAUUGCUGAGUAGACGCGUUGAAAGGUUUAUUUGCGAGUGUGGCGUUGUUUGCAGAGUAGAAAUWRAGGACAUUCAAAGGAGCUACUUUAACCAAUAGCGCUCAAGUUAAAGUUAAAAGGAAGAACCUGUGCGAAGGAUCAUUGUGUAUGCUUACCUUGUGUCUCUUCAUACACGAUUUGACGCCUUUUCCUGAAGUUGCUGUAUCAAUAAUACAAGUCAGGGAUCAUCGAGUUUCGUGUGACUUCCAAUUUCUGAUACGCAAGGCUGAAUAGUAAGUUUGUAUGAUCCGAGUUGUCUCCGGAAUGGUCAGUCUACUGGAAAGAAACUGCAUCUUUAAGUCAAGAAGGAGUUGUUAGAUUUUCCUAGUUAAAGUUGACUCUGUAUGCUGAUACACAGUACGGUUUGCAGAAGGCAGCCAAUAUUGUCUUUGGCCAAUAAUGGAGUAAAACAGUAAUUCUACAAUAACAAAGUAAUCUCAGGCUAUUAAACGAUGCAGCCAUGGAAUGGAGAUGCGUUUGUGAGCAUUCCUCUCAAGACMAACACUUCGAGUAACUUUUGUACAUUUGAGUACAUCUACGAGUCAAAUGAGAUCAGAGUAGCACGAUUGACAGCCGAGUCGUUCCUCGCUCUGGUUGGUGUMCUAUUCAAUGUUGCCAUUUGCGUAAUUAACCUUAAACACUCAAACAUUAAUGUAUCUAUACGACUGUAUAUCAGAAACAUGGCACUGGCUGAUAUUGGGGUACUUUUAUUGGGGUUUCCAUUCGCAGUAGCCAAAGAGCAACAAGGUACAUACCAGUGGGUCCUUGGUAACAUAGCAUGCAAAUACAUAUAUCCCUUUACUGAUGCRUUUUACGCAGUAUCUACAUGGACUCUAGUAGUUAUAGCUAUUCACCGAUAUCGGAUCAUCAAGCCAAAGUCGUGGCGUCGUCGGAAACAGUCGCGUGCCGUUCGUGUUCUUGUCGUGCUUUGGAUUACAGCGUUGAUUAUCAUAUCACUACCGAUUCUUCUGGCCAGUCAUUAUAGCAAAACAUGCGGUAAAAACUACUGUUUCAUUCGAUGGCCUUCCUCUUCUCCAACAAACACAAUUCCUGCUAAAGUUCAUUCCUUUUCGUUAAUCUUUCUACUGUUUAUUUUCCCCGUGGGGGUGGUAGUGUGGUCAUACUUCAAAGUGUCAGUGAAACUCAGACGGGGCAACUGCGCCAAGAAAGGAGGGGUUCGCCACCGRCGUUUGCAGUCUGACAGCGACAACACUAACCCUAUAGUAUUUAGUGAGCAGGAUGAGGUUCGACAUAACGAGUGCGCAGAAGCAAAACGAUUUCUCACACCGUUGGUAAUUUUGUUCGUCAUCAGUACAAUACCACUAAAUAUUCUACGGGUCGCUUUCAUAUUAACGUCAACAAAGACAUCACUAGAGCAAUACCUAGUGCUUUUUAACCUAUCCAUUAUGCUAAGUGUAUGCAAUUCAGUGGUAAGACCAUUUAUAUAUUACUUAGUUAGCCAAGAUGUAAGAAUUGGCUGUAAGAAACUCGUCGAGAAGUUGAAGGAAGGUUUUAGGCGUGGCUGGGGCGAGCAGCAUGACGAAAUGAUCCCACUACAGGAGAUAAGACAAUCAAGAACAGAUUAUAAAGAAACGAUACUGUGAUGACUAGUGAUGGUUAUCGAUGAGAUUCAAAGAAAUGCUCGUUGGUUGUGAAGAAAUGGCAGUUUUACCAAUCCAAUGGUAUAAUUCAAGUUUAUGAUAUGCGGUACAGUGACAAAUCUCGCAUCCGCGAUGAGAUGGUGAAUUCGUAAAUAUAUUCUUAAAAAACUGAUAUCAAAGUGUAUCCGAUAUUAUAGCAUAGCAAUAUCAUGCAUGAAGUUUGUUCAAGUUAUCAGUUUACCCAUAUAUAUCAAAUAUUGACUGUUCUUGUUCCCUUUAUUGAACCAUACCAAAUAUUUUAUCGAUUUGUGUAUAGAACAGAUAAUACAUUUUGUGGAAAAGUUGCUGUGUGAGUGAUAACAAUUGUGACGAUGGUGAAUAAUAACUGACACCUCAGCUAGAGUGGAUCUUUUCAUAGCUUUCAGUCAGUUUAUAAUUGUUUAGUUAUGUUUUCUUCAGCUUCAUCUUUCCUCUCUAGGGAGUUGCUAGACGCAGUUCCAUACUUGCAUUAGAUGCCCUAUCAUUACACGAAGCACAUGUAAACUAUCACAAUCGCUUCGAUCUCGAUCACAGGACAGUUUUUUAGACGGUUUUUAUAAAAAUACUCUGAGUUUAUAAUUUUUGAUUUAAAAAUAAGUUUCAUCUGUUCAUUUAUUCAGCUACAUCUCAAUUAUUACGACAUCGAGUUUAUUGAUAAUUCUCGGGCUAUUACCAGAAUUCGGAUCUUUUAGUCUUGGCAUUUGUACGGCUUAUCGGCUGAAAUACUCAAUUUCCUGUGCUGCUAUAUAACUUUCGUAAACACCAUUUUUAUCAUAGAUACAAAAAAGAGUUUAUUUAUAUUAUUAGUGGUAUAGUCUCUCAAAUGGCCAACUCGAAAAAGUCCCGCUAAAAAUCCUUCUAAUUCACAGUGGUUUUUCGUUUUUAUUCACUUUUCCUUUGYAGUUACAUAGCAGCGAAUUUGUUUUACCCAACCUUCCAUAUAUUAAUGUUUUGUCCAGCUAAAUGAGAUGGGUAGCCAAUUGCAAACCUACUCUAGCUAAUCAACCCUGCGGCACAAGAAGUCUAUGUAAAGACGAACUACUGCAGUGUCCACAAGCGAUCGCUUUGAAUAAUUAUCCGCCGUCGCUAUAGUAGAAAAGAAGUUCUAUGAAAACAAAUCAAUGCUGAGAAAACAAAGAAGUUAUUUUUCGCCAAGUUCCUCUUUAGUUAUAAUAAAGACAUUUCAUGAA